CGAUCAUCAGAAUCUGAAUCGUCGACUGUUUUGCGGUUGAUGUCGUCGAAGGAUCCUACGUCAGAGGUUGGAAAAUGUGAGCACUUGCAUGUCCCUUAGCGUUAGCGUUUAAGGUUUUAAAAGUCGCACAGCGGCUCUCAAAAAGUUGGCUGACGCCCAAAGAUCGCGACCUCCAGAUUUCAACUUGAGUGAAAAUCAAGCCGCCAACGUAAGCAGCUGCUCCUUGAUUGCUGCACGAAGCCACGAGAGAUCAACAUUUCCAGCAGAUUGCAUUUAGCACCAUGAUGAAGGCCGUCUCUCUUUUCGCUCUUAUCGGCUCUGCCGCCGCUUUCGCCCCUGUCUCCCAAAAGGCGGCAUCCACCACUGAACUUUCGGCAUGGGUGGAUGAGACUGCUGUUGGAAUCACAGCCCCCAUGGGUUUCUUCGAUCCCCUUGGCUUCUCAAAAGGAAAGUCCGACGAGGUUAUGAUGGCCUACCGUGAGGCCGAAUUGAAGCACGGACGUGUCGCCAUGGCUGCAUGCCUUGGAUGGUACAUCACCGCCUCUGGAGUUCACCCUGCCUUCAACAGUGAGCUCUCCAGCGACCCUCUUGAGGCCUCCCAACAGCUUCCAUUCGUUGGCUGGUUGCAGUUCAUCUUGGGAUGCGGUGCUGUCGAAUGGUUGUCCGAAAAGAUCAAGUCUCGCCCCGGAUACGUCCCAGGUGACUUGCUCGGAGCCGCCUACUGGGUCGAUGACAGUGAUGAUGGUUGGGUUGACUACCAAAACAAAGAAAUCAACAACGGACGAUUGGCUAUGUGUGCCAUUGCCGGAAUCUUCACCCAGGACUACCUCUUCGGAGACUAUGGUGACAUGAUCUUCAAGCACUAAAUACAAUGCUGUUGAUCUCCCUUAUUUGCUGCCUACGACCGGUACUGAACUAGUGCAGUGGCCUAUACUAUAGAUGCUUCCUUUUUGCUCGGCUGCACAACACAACGCAAUGCAACUUCAUAGACACGGUAGAUACUUGUAGCUCAUCUCGACACUGUGAUACUAGGUUACUUUAGUUCAUGCUGG